CUGAGGCUCUUGAGCUGUUCGAGGUCCAAAUGCUGAAGGAAGAACGUCUCUGGCCCGAAGAGUUCAACUACACGGUGCUGAUUGGGGGAUGCGGCAGGGUUGGGUACCUGAAGAAGGCCUUGAAGCUCUACAAUGAUAUGAAAAAGCGAGGCCUGACGCCGACGAUUGCCACAUACACGGCCCUCUUCAACGCCUGCGCAGAGACACCCUGGAAAGACAGUGGUCUGCAGAGCGCCCUUAAGUUACGACAGGAACUGAUCCAAAAGGGCAUAGAGUUGAAUCCGAUUGCGUAUCGCGCAUUGUUGAAAUGCUGUGCUCUGUGUUCGGAUCUCCGCAUGUGCUUGGAUAUCUUAAAGGAAAUGGUGGGAAAUGGCCAUCAAAUCACCACGGAUACUUUCAACAUCCUGCUCAUGGGAUGUAUAAACGACAAAGAGAACGGUUUCCGCUAUGCUUUACAGGUUUGGCAACAGAUGGCAAAGCUGAACCUCAAACCUGAUCUGUACACUUACAACUUGAUGCUGACAGCGGCCAAAUACUGUGGCAUCGGUGACUCUGAGGUGGCUUCUAAAUUGCUACUAAGACCCUCGGGGGAACGCCCAACUCACCUGAGGCUGAAUUCUGGCAGAGAGCAAGGCCCAAAGGGUCAGAGAAAGAAAAGGACGAACGUCCCGGCUUUAAUGUUACCGGAUGUUGAAGCUCUGGAAAAAAACAUGUUCCCAGGAGACGAUUCAAAACCUGAGAGGCCUGAUAGAAACCAAGAUGGCGCCAAGGACAGCGCAAAGUCGGAGUCAAGCGAUCACUCGGAUUUAUCAGACUGCGAUACAGACGGGAGUUUGGUGAUCUCUGAUCAGGGCCAGUUGGUUCCGGAAUCAACAGCAGAAAACUCCUCCUCGGAGCCCGCCCUUCCCCUCCCAAACUUGCUGGAUUUUCAGAGCCCAGCCCCACAUGUGGUUUCCUUAGGGACAGUGGCGACGCCCUCCGAUCGACUGGCCCUGAUGGGAAACAUGGAAGGAUUCUUACAAAAAAUGAAGGACCACAAGGUGGCCGGGAACCUUCGGACGUUCACAUUGCUAGCCGAAAACGUGGAACUCAACAGCCCGUCCGAAUCUUCUUUGUUGGCCGUCAUGGAGGAGAGCAACGUGAAACCCGAUGUGGCUUUUUUUAAUACCCUGAUCAGAAAAAAGAGCAAGAAAGCCGAUCUGGAGGCGGCAAAGAGCUUGCUGCCUUUGAUGUUGCAAAACGGACUUUCGCCGGAUCUGUACACAUUCUGUAACUUGGCCAUUGCCUGCCGCAGACGCAAAGAAGGGAUGCAGUUACUGUCAGACAUGAAGCAAUCUGGAAUAAAACCCAACGUGCAGAUCUACGGCGCACUGAUAAACGCAGCCGUGAGGCGACUGAAUUACACUUACCUCACCGAGAUCCUGAAAGACAUGAGCAGGAACCAGGUGGCUCCCAAUGAAUUUAUUGUUAACAUGCUGGAGUUUGCAGCCCAGUAUCCUCCUAAUUAUGAUAAGUACCAAAAAAAGGAUCACUAUCUAGAGAAAAUUGAUGGCUUCCGAGCUUUCUAUUUCCGUUGGCUUAAGUGGAUGCCUGGAGAAGAAGCCCCACACCCUUGGACAAAAUACCGAUAUAAGAAUUUGGCACAAAGCAAAGAUGGCACCAAGCUGGGACAAGAUCAAGGCAGCGAGGAGCUAAAAUAAAGCAAAUAUUGGUCAUUCAUUAUGGGAUGCUGAGUUUUUUUUUUUUAAAUUGCUUAAUUCUGUACGUAUCUGUUCACAUGAAGCUUAAAUUAACCCCUAGGUUAAUAACAAUUGCAACCCAAAUUUAUAUGGAAC